AUGGGUUCAAACGCCCAAACUAAAAUUACUAACACUCAUCCACUAUACCUCUAUCCUUCUGACUACCCAGGGAUAACUCUUGUAACUACUCCAUUCAAUGGGACUGGUUAUGGGAGUUGGAGGAGGGGAAGGUUGAUUUCCUUAUCUGCUAAAAGAAAGUUAGGUUUUAUAAAUAGUAAAAUAGUUAAACCUGCUGAGACUGACCCUACUUAUGAUAAUUGGGUGAUGUGUAAUGACAUGGUAAUUGCAUGGAUUCUUAAUAGUCUAGAUAAAGAAAUUGCUGAAACUGUGAUUCACACUGAGACUGCUGGAGGUAUAUGGAAAGAAAUUGAAAGGAGGUAUGGUCAGGCUAGUGGAACUAAAGAUGAGUUGACUAUCUCUAUCAUAUAUCCACCUGGCACCUGUGACUGCAAGGAAGAAUGGGUUAAGCUAGAAGAAGAACAAAGAGUUCAUCAGUUCCUUGCUGGGUUGAAUGAGUCUUACAGUGGUAUUAGGAGAAAUUGA